AUGAAUAUUUUGUUUUUUCUUGGAGUAGUAUCCAUUCGACGUGGACCUUUUCUGUACAAAAGUAGUCAACAAACAGAUCCACUCGUAUCUAUGGAUGCAAAUACUCCAUAUAUGAUAGAAAUUGCGGAACAAUUUUUUAUAAAAAAGAUAUCAGUUUCAUUAUCUCUAUCAAAUACAACAUACAUAAUUACAGAAUCAGAGAUACCUCCUGAUGGCUAUAAAAUGAUUGAAUUCGAAGAUUCUGAACUUGAUUUUAUCUCGUUACCAAAGAAAUAUUCAUUAUUUAAUCGAAUUACAAUAUCACAUUACCCGAAAAUUGAAAUUUCAUCACUUAUAUUCGUAUUAAUUGUUGUUGCAAUCGCUUUUAUCUUUCCAUACAAAAAACAAAAAAAUGUUUUGCUCGAUAAAUCAAUAUUUUUACAGAAAAACGAAAAGAAAGACUUAUUAUAUUUAUUUGAUAGCUUAGAAUGCGAUCAAAUAAACUCGUAUUUAGUUGAUCCAGAAAAAUCUAGAUUUUUCUUUCUUCGACCUGCCAGAGUUGGUCGCAAGACAAAAUCUGCUAUUGUAUACUACGUAGCUUGUUUGCCAAUAAAAAAUCAUUGCUUUAUCUUCUGUUGUCAAUUUGAAAAUACAGAUUCCCAUCCUGUUCAUUUACAAUGUAAAGUUACAAUGGAUGGUGGCCGAGAAUGCAAGUCUACAGUCAAGUUUACAUCGUACAGAGACUUCAGGCCAUUAAAAGUCGAAUAUAUGAUCGAUAACAAUGUAGAGGUUAUUACUUAUCUCCCGGCAACCUCACUAGGACCACUUGUACCAUUCGGAAAUCUCAUUUCCAUCUCGAAUUCCAUGUUCUUUAACGCAAAUGAAUUUUUCGAUCGCGAUUCUCUCCUUAAUUUCAACUUUUCUAAGAUAUUACGUAGUUACUGUACUAAGCUGAACAUCGACAGAGCCUAUUUCUACACCCCGGAGCACGGAUUGUUCCAUUUUUACACAAAACAAGGUUUACAAGAGACAAAUCUCAACGAAGUCAAGAAGUUGUUCGAGAAAUUCUCAGCCAAAUCGUCAAUUGAACACAAUGUUUUCAGAGAAGGAGACACGUGUAUGUUCAAUAAGUCAGUUUUAAAAGUUAUGACAGUUUAUACCAUUUUAGACAUCACAAAUAUACCUGAUGACAAGGGAUAUUACUAUUUCUUCCUCAAUCUCAUAUGCGAUUUCUGCGUUUUCUUGUUCCAAAUCUCGUUAACUAAAGAACAAAAUUUGAUGUUCCUCAGAUUCGCAGAUUUGAUAUCGAGACCUUCUUCCUACAGCUUGUUCGAGGUUUCCCUUCGCACAAAGACCGUUACUUUGGCAAGAUCUACGCUUUUCCCGCCUGAUUGUGUUACAUUCGACCAAAUAUUGAAUAAAAUUUACUCUUCGGGCGAUCCGAUGAUCAAACAGAAGAUGGAUGCCCUUUUCGAGACAUUUAUGAACGUAAAUGUGGUCAAUCAACAAUCUUUCGAAAUUCAUGGCGAAAAACAUCAAUGGUUCAACAUUACGUCAUACGCAACAAAUGAUAGAAUCACUAAAGAAGUCAUUUGUUCAAUUAUCGUUGAAGAUAUAACUCCUAUCAAACAACAAGAGAUUGACUUGAGGGAUUCACUUAUCGACCUUAAGUUCUCAUCAGAGGCCUUAAGCUUGAACAAAUUCUCCGUUAACGGUACCGAAAUUACUGAUUUGUCAGAUAAUCUUGGUCGUAUCUUAGGAAGGUCGGAACGACCUGUACGUAUCGACAAAAUCAUCCACCCAGCAGACGAAAACCUCAUGACGUGGUUCGGAAAGAAGAUGGUGACUGUAAGAUUGCAAAGAGGAGAUGGAUCUUACAUGUAUUUCUCUUUGUUCGCUAAUAAUAACGUAGGCUUCGCAUUUAAUACAGAUGAAGCGGUUAAAACUCGCGAAAAGCUCCAGAUGACUGGAAAAGGUUUACAAUUGGCCAGUGUCACUUCCUCUCUCAUUUUCUGGAGCUUCGACCUUAUCACUGGUACUGUAAUGCCACUUCUACAGCAGCCAACUAUCUGGGAAACCCUUUCCGUCGAUCCACAAACAAAAUUCUUCAAAUUCUUGGAUUUCAUCCAUCCGGACGAGAAAGAAGCAAUAGAAACAACUUUAACAGACCUCAAGGAUGAAAAGACAAGAGAAUGGACCGGAGAAUGCAGAAUAUUAAAAUAUGGAAAAUAUGAGUGGCACAGAAUCAUAUUUGCCAUUGCCAAACAACAUUUCGUACAUGCAUUCGCAGCAUCCAUCAGUUCCCAGAAGGAAACAGCUAAGCAAUUUGCAGAUAAUUGCAAGAUAAGAGAUAUUAUCUUCUCAAGUGGCAAAUUAACAGUUUGGAAGUACUUCGAUGAUGAUCUACCAGUCACAGAGCAUACAAGGCUUAUUCCUGGCAUUGCAACUGUCGUAAGAGUUAAUAGAACAUUUGUAAACACUUGUAUGGCUCCGGAAGUUGCAGCCGUGUUCAGAGAAAAAAUCAGACAGACGAUAGAAACUAAUGAAGUCAUGGAAUUCAAAGUUUCUGAAGAUGACAGAUUUUAUUCCAUCCGUGGCAAGUACCAGCCGACUUCCAAGCAGGUAGUUGGCAUCUGUAUCGAUGUUACAGAUGUAGAACGUGCAAACCAAGAGCUGGAAGAGCAAAGAAAAAUUGCGGUUGAAGCAAAUAAGCAGAAGACAUUGUUCUUAGCGAACAUGAGCCACGAAAUCAGAACUCCUAUGAACCCAAUCUUCGGUUUACUCGAUAUCAUAGCCCAAGGCGAAAUUACAGGCGAACAAAGAUUAUUAGUUGACACAAUGCGAUCACUGUCCUUCCAGUUGCUUAAGUUAUUGGACGAUACCCUCAAUUUGUCUAAAAUCGAGCAAGGAGAUAUGGAAAUGAACGUUGCAACAUUUGAUUUCUGGGCCGCCAUUGAACCAGCGAUCGUAGCGAGUGCCAGUCGUGCCAGGAAAGACGGUAUCAAGUUCAUUGUCCGCAGUUCUCCUAAAUUCCCGCUCAAGAUAAAUCAUGAUGUCCAUCUCAUCCAGCAAAUCCUUAACAACCUCUUCUCCAAUGCUCUUAAAUUUACUAAGAAGGGAUUUAUAGAGCUGGCGGUCUCCUGGGCCGAAGAAGAAGACCAAGAAGUGAUCAGAAUUGCAGUUUCUGAUACAGGUAUCGGUAUCUCCUAUGACCAACAAAAGAUCAUUUUCCAGAGAUAUUUCCAAGCAGACCCUUCAAAUCCUGUACAUUACGGUGGAUCUGGAUUAGGUCUCGCAUUAGUCCAAGAAAUCGUCCAUUUCAUUGGAGGAUCGCUUAGACUCGAGUCAGAACCAGGAAAAGGCUCAACUUUCUUGAUCGAUAUCCCAAUUGAAUCCGCAUAUUUCCCAACAUUGCCUGUAUUCAAAGGAGCAAGCAAAACAAUCAUGGUUCUGUCAUCCGAUGGCAUAAAUCGUGAAAUUAUAAGAGCUUGGGCCGUAGAUCUUCACUUUGCCGUCAAAUUUGUUGAAAAUGCGGACGAAGCUCUCGGAUUCAUGAGAACUGAAGGCGUUGCAGGCACAAUUGUCGAUACAUGUGCAGCGGAUGUCAACAAACUCGUUCCUGAAGCUAAAACUCCACUUUGCGCCGUAAUUGAAGCCGAAGAAGGUUCAAAAGCCGAAUUUCGUAUCACAAGACCAAUAUUGCCGCACGCAUUGUGCAAAUUCCUCAAUUUCUGCCGAUUUGGAAUCAAAACUAAACACGAUACUCAACAAUCUUCGGAACCAACGAAGAAGAGAGUCCUCGUCGUUGAAGAUAACAAGCAGAACCAGUUUGUCAUGAAGAAGAUAUUGGAAAAACUCGGUUGUUCCUUCGAAAUGGCUGAUAAUGGACAAAUUGCAAUUGAUAUCUUGAACGCGAACAUCGAUAAUCCAUUUGAUCUAGUAUUCAUGGAUUGCCAGAUGCCUGUACUUGAUGGAUUGUCCGCUACUCGCAAGAUUAGAGCAUCAGGAAAACCUUACGCGAAUAUGCACAUCAUUGCAUUGACUGCAAACGCAAUUGAAGGUGAUAGAGAGUCUUGUCUGGCUGCAGGAAUGGAUGAUUACCUCUCUAAACCUGUUAGAAUACAACAGAUCAAGAAUGCUUUGACUAUGUUUGAUUAA